GGUGUCGUCACUCUCUGCAGUCGGGUGAAGUUUGUCACUUCAGCAGAGGCAGUCUCCCCACGGCGUGGCUCUGAGUGAAGAUGCGUGGAAACAGACACGAUGUCGGGGGACAAGCUCCGUGCGUCUCAGAGUGGAUCUAAACGCGGACGGGACGCCGUGGAUGCCACUCACUGAGGAACCAAUAGGCUCUCUGCGGCGAUGUAAGGCUUGUAUUCUGGUUCUGGUGACUUACGUCGACGAUGUUCCUCUCAUGGUCCAUUAUUGUGGCCGCGGUUGCCUUGCUGGCCGUGCAGCUGAGCGCAGGUGAGAGAACGUCCUGCGUGCUCUGGUCCAGCGCGGGAGACGUGGUGCGGCGAGGCACCAGCUUCGUGGUUUACUGCACCUUUAACCCCACAUGCAAGACCUCCAGAUCCAUCUCUAGAUUCGACAGCAGCACCAGCUUUGAAAAGCAGACGCACGAUCAGCACAACGAGACAACCAUAUCCCUGAGGGUGGAGAACAUUACAGAGAAGACGACGUACAGCUGUUCGGCUAACUGUAACCCCUCACUGGACGACUGUGGAGUGGACAUCUCAGCCGGAUACCCACCAGAUCGGCCCAGAAACAUUUCGUGCAUCUAUAGGAUCUUAAAAAACGACACCGGACGUGUGAAUUGCUCUUGGGACAGAGGACGGGACACUUAUCUUUGGAACCGCUACGUGCUGUGGGUCAGUACUGGAAGUGGAAACCACAUAGGAGGACCGGUCCCGAUGUGCAACGUGUCCAAUAAAGGAACCGAGUCGCCGUCGGCCAAUUUCACUCUGCACAGAUCUGCCCGGCUCAUGGCGGUGUGGGUCCAAGCCCAGAACUCGCUGGGUUCUGUUAACUCCUCCGUCGUCAACUACACGCUCAGUGAUAUCGUGAUGCCGUCGACGCCCGUUGUUGAUCGAGUCGAGUGCUCUUCCAGGAACUGCGCCAUCAAAGUGGAGCAGCCUUUGCGGACUCAGCAUCUGCAGAUCCAGUAUCGCGCCGAGCGGCAGCGAGACUGGACAACGUAUCCAGACUCUGCUGGACUGCUUACUUCAUCCAAUACCAAGCAUAUCUCCUCCUUGGAGCCAUGCAGCCUGUACAGUUUCAGAGCCCGGUCCAGAUUCAGCACCGGCCUGUGGAGUCAGUGGAGCCCGACCAUCGCUAACCGCACCGAAGAAGAGGCUCCUGCCCAUGCUCUGGAUGUGUGGCUCGCCACCGACCUUCAGUCCAUCAGAGUCUACUGGAAAGAGUCCAUCAAGUCCGUCUGCAGUGGGAGCAUCAGCCAGUACACCAUCAAGGUUAACAACAGGGUCGUCACGAGGGUCGGUCCGGAUAUCAAGAACCAUUCUGUCCCUCCCUGCGCCGACUGUGAAGUGACAGUACAGGCUGUGAACUCUAAAGGCUCGUCGCCUCCAGCAACCAUAACAACACAUCACACAAAAGCCAAGCCUGUUCUUGAUGUUCAAGCCUCAGCAGUCAACCACUCUGUCACCAUCUCCUGGAUAAAACCCGAAACUGCAUGUGCCUACUAUGUGGUGGAGUGGUACUCCCAGGGGCACAUGUUGGACGAGCUCAGAUGGGUCAGACUGGGCGGGAAUGAAACCUUCAUUAUCAUCUCAGACAUUAAAUCGUGGCAGUGCUAUGAAGGAGCAGUUUAUGUUUUCUACAACAAGAGCUCAGUCAGCAAGACCAGCUUUCAACGGAUUGCCACUUUGGAGGCAGCUCCGGAGACAGGUCCAUUGGUCCAAGAAAAGGUGGAGGGGAACAAAGUGACGGUUGAAUGGAAGGACCUUCCCAGGGCCCAGCGCAGGGGAUGCAUCACAAGGUUUACCAUCUAUCUGGAGAACAGCAAAGGAGAACAAAAGAGUUACUUUGCACAAGCAUCAAAAAGGGCGUUCGAGAUUGAAGGUCUACCUCCCGAUCUCUACAGCCUAUGCAUGAGUGCUUCGACUUCGAAAGGAGAAGGUCCUGCAGGUCAGAAGAUCAAGUUCUACAUUGAGGAAGAUGACCAGCUCUCCCCUGUGCUGAUGGGUUUAUUCGUCACCCUGAUGUUGUUGUUUACCUUGUGUCUGUGGAAGAGCUCAGCAGUAAAGAAUAGGUUCAGAGAGAUUUUCCGGUGCCUGAUGCCGGAUGUUGUGCCAGACCCUGCGAACAGCAAGUGGGCAAAAGAGUGCACCAAAGAGAAGGGCAAGAUGCAUCUGCAGCUCCCAUCUCACAACUCCAGCUUUAGUGACCCGGAAGAAGAGACCAUCCUGGUGGAUGUGGAGGAGCUCUGCAGGCACAUCAGUGACUCUUCCGCACCCGGGGACAGCCUUUUGAGGGUCUCGUCUAAGCCCACCGUGGACCAAGAGACCGAGCUGGCGUUUGUGCUUUAUCCUCCUAUAACCACCUACAUCAAAAGCUUCUCCCACGACUCAGACAGCUCCGACCAAACGCAGGAAUCCGAGGAAACGAACGUCGACUACAUCUCGUCGCACGAGCAGGAGAACCUGCAAAACUGUGAUCAGGAGGAUGAGGAGGAGUUUCCGGAGAUGCACUUUUUCCCCAGUCUGAGCAUCUUCAUGGAGCCGGCGGGGUUUGGCGGGAAGCUUACGUUGGACGCAGUUAAGAUUGACUGCAGCGACUUCUUUCAGAACGCUUAGAGUGACGCCGCGGACUGGACUCCUCCCCCGAUUGACGUCUCAGCCGAGAUGUGCGUCAGCUACCUCCUUCGCUUUUGGAAAUCACAAAGAACUGCCUCCCUGAAAGCUAAGCUUCAGCUGAGCAGAAAUCCUUUCAUGCAUUACAUUGUUUUCUAACAGAAUGGACAUCUAUGGACACACUAAGCAGAACUAAAAGUGAAUAUUGUGCAUUUUGGAUCAGUGGAAUUUUCUGAAGGUUUAAUCUCUGAAGGGCAGAUUUGACUUUCCUUAGUUGGCGGCAGAACCUGAACGGCACCUUCAUCCAUCAAGAUUUUAUUUUAAAUACCUUUUUACAUGUUCAGAUGUCUUUUAUCUAAAAACAUGUAUUUCUUGAAAUCGCUGUAUAUAAAUUGCCGUGCUUUCAUUCUACCUCAACGUGGACCCAAAACUGAUCCAAAUAAUAUUAAAAUCCUCUGUUUGA